UUGUUUGUAAAUUUCUUGGAGGAUUUUGGGCUUUAAUCUGUUUGUAUAAAGCGGCCCAAGCCCAUAAGUCUCGCUUGAACUAGAGCGCCGAACGUGUAAUUUAUUUUUCACUUCACCGUUUCCCUCUACCCUCUUUAAACCCUAGCUCCUUUGCCCACUUUUUUUUGUUGCUCUUCAAUUUCUUCUGCUUGAUCGAAGAUGAGUCGACCAAUGGAAGAGGAUGCCCCUCAAGGGAAAAAUGAGGAAGAGGAGUUCAAUACUGGGCCACUUUCUGUCCUCAUGAUGAGUGUUAAGAAUAACACACAGGUGCUCAUCAACUGUAGGAACAACAGGAAACUUCUUGGUCGUGUGAGAGCAUUUGAUCGUCACUGCAAUAUGGUGCUUGAAAAUGUUAGAGAAAUGUGGACUGAGGUGCCCAAGACUGGAAAAGGAAAAAAGAAAGCUGUUGCUGUUAACAAAGAUAGGUUUAUCAGCAAGAUGUUCCUUCGGGGAGAUUCUGUGAUCAUUGUCCUCCGAAAUCCUAAGUAGAGAGGUGAAUUGGAUUUCUGUGCUUUGGAGCAAAACUUGUAAGCAGCUAGGAUUUGGACCAGCUCUGUAUAACCUUUCGUAUUCGGGAAUUUGGCUAGGCAGAACACCACCUUUGAUUGCUGUAAGACUUGAUAUAAGAUUUUGAUGUUCUGGUAUGCUAUAUACUGUUGUCUUCUUCACAAACUUAUUGUAGACGUUGGAGUUUUAACGUUCUUGUUGUGUAUGUUGAAUCCUAUGACCAGCUAAUAUGUACGGUAAAUGUCUUGCAUUAACUCCAGAUACAUUGUCCA